GGGAGGGUGGGAAACCAGCUCCCCUUUACAGUCCCCUGCAGGCUCUCCACCUCCAGGCACUGCCCCUGCACUUGGGCAGGACAGUGAUGAGGGCCAGCCAGAAGGACUUUGAGAGCGCACUGCGUCAGGUGAAACUCUGGAAGAAGGACCCGGGAAACGAAGUGAAGCUGAAACUCUACGCGCUGUAUAAGCAGGCCACCGAGGGACCGUGCAAUUUGCCCAAACCAGGUAUGAUGGACUUGGUCAAUAAGGCCAAAUGGGACGCGUGGAGUGCUCUUGGCAGUCUGCCCAAGGAAACUGCCAGGGAGAACUACGUGGAUUUGGUGUCCAGCCUGAGCGCUGCAUCCGAGCCCCCCAGCCCGGCGAAGCCUGCAGCGGACGGGGAACAAGCGGGAGGUGACCUGGUGGUGACCUCUGAGAACCACAUCACAACGAUCACGUUCAACCGGCCUGCCAAAAAAAAUGCAAUCACCACUCAGAUGUAUCGAGAUAUCAUGCUUGCCCUUCAGGCUGCCAGCAAGGACGACUCGGUCCUGACUGUGCUAACAGGAAACGGUGACUAUUACUGCAGUGGGAACGACCUGACCAACUUCACCGACAUCCCCCCUGGAGGGCCGGAGGAGAAAGCCAGGACUAACGCCGUUCUGCUGAGGGAAUUUGUAGACUAUUUCAUAGAUUUUCCUAAGCCUCUGGUCGCAGUGGUCAACGGCCCAGCCGUAGGCAUCUCCGUCACCAUUCUCGGCCUGUUCGACCUUGUGUAUGCAUCAGACAGGGCAACGUUUCACACCCCGUUCAGCCCCCUGGGCCUGAGUCCGGAAGGCUGCUCCUCCUACACCUUUCCGAAGAUGAUGGGCCCCAGCAAGGCAGCAGAGAUGCUCAUUUUUGGGCGGAAGUUGACAGCUCAGGAAGCCUGUGCUCAAGGACUUGUUACCGAAGUCUUUCCUGACAGCACUUUGCAGAAAGAAGUUUGGACCAGGCUGAGGGCAUACACUAAGCUCCCUCCAAACGCCGUGAGAACUUCCAGGGAGGUGAUGAGAAGCAAGGGGAGGGAGCGGCUGCACGCCGUCAACGCCGAGGAGUGCGAGGCCCUGCGGCAGCGCUGGCUGUCCGAGGAGUGCGCCAGCGCUGUCCUGCGCUUCAUGUCCAGGAAGGCGAAGCUCUGAGCGGCCGGAGGGGCUCCUGUCUCCGAUUUCCUGUUCUGAACUAAGUGAGCCUCCCUGUGCCUUUUGGAGGUGCUAGGAUGUAACUUGUGAUGAGUGUACCCGCCUAGGGCCCUGCUGAAUAAAGAACCAUGUGAAGAUGAACUUUAAGGAUUUUCUUAGGCAUUUUGGGUCGCAGGGAGCCUUACGUCUCUCCGCAUGAACCCCUGUUGCCAGGAGCACUGAAGCAUUGUGCCCGGGGCCCUGUUCUGGAAAGCGUUCACGGCCUGACAGGCCGAGACCAUGUCCUCAAACACCACGACUGCACUCUGCCGUCCACAUAGGGUCACCGACUUGAUGGGCCCAAACACCACCAGCCUCCGGGUGACCGAGUCCAGGUCUUCGGUGGGCCCCAUGUUCUUUUUCAGCCAUCUGCAGGGCAGCAAGCCAAAGGGGUAGUGUUACUACAGAAUAAAUCAUCUUAGUUUCAUCUCUCUCCCCCACCCCAAACCAUAAUCUAAUCAAAAGGCGCGAAGG